AUGUCCUUAUCGCAUUCAACAAAUGUUGAGUAUUUUGUUUUAGAAGUUAAAACAAAGGAAGACCAAUUCCCUUUUGACUGUUUUUCGGUAUAUGGAAAUUCAAUUCUGCCUGAGAUUCAUGAUGGUGCUGUUGAAUCUGUAGUGAAGUUCUUGCAGAGGAGUUAUAGCAGCAAUACUUUCGAAAAUAAAUCGAAUUUUCUGUUUCAGCCUCGAUUUGAUAAUCCUUUUCAAUCUCCAAAUUUGCAAAAUGAAAUGCUGAAUUUCCUAGAAGGCAGUUUCUUUUCUGGUCAAAUGAGAAGGGUUUGCAGUUCUGGAGAUUUACAGGUCAGUUUGCUUCAAUUGCAGAAUUUUUCAUAA